CUCUGCUGAAACGACGAGUUUCAUUCAUUCACACGUCAACCCUCCAUUUGUGAACCGACUCCAUCGUCGCUCCGACAAAAAACAUCAUGUCUACUGCCGUGGAGAAGAUCUCUGACGCAGCUACUGCUGCUGUCCAUGACGUGGCCAAUACUCUGGCCGAUAUCUCAAUCACGGGCAAGGGCUCCGACGACAAGUCGGGCAACAAUGACGCUGUCCUUGCCAGUGCCGCCGAAGGUCGCCGCCUGUACAUCGGCAACCUGGCGUACCAGACAACUGAGGGGGAGUUGAGAGAUUUCUUCAAGGGCUACCUUGUUGAGUCGGUCUCGAUUCCCAAGAAUCCUCGCACCGAUCGCCCUGUCGGUUACGCCUUUGUCGAUCUGUCUACUCCCAGCGAGGCAGAGCGUGCGAUCGCCGAGCUGUCGGGUACGGAGAUUCUGGAACGCAAGGUCUCCGUUCAGCUUGCACGCAAGCCCGACACAAACGAGAAGACAGAAGGUGCCAACGCUGAGGGUGCCGAUGGUGCCCGGCGCCGCCAAUCUACUCGUGGUCGUGGUCGGGCUGGCCGCGGCCGUGGCGGACGUGCUCGGGGUGGCCGUGGCAGUGGGGAUGAGAAGAAGCAAACUGGUGCCCCCUCAGCCCAAGAUCCUACCGCCGCAUCAGCUCCACAGACUGAUGUCCUGAAAGAUGUGACCAACGAGGCGACUGGCGAGAAAGACAGGGACGCCAAGUCCGGCAAGCCCCAGGCUCGUCCCCGGGAGCGUCGUGAACGCGGGCCCCCGGCUGACGGGAUCCCGUCGAAGACCAAGGUCAUGGUCGCCAAUCUUCCGUACGAUCUGACGGAGGACAAGCUCAAGGAACUCUUUGCUGCCUACAACCCGCUUUCUGCUAAGAUUGCCCUUCGGCCUAUCCCGCGCUUCAUGAUCAAGAAACUUCAGGCUCGUGGCGAACCUCGCAAGGGCCGUGGAUUUGGGUUUGUCACCCUCGCGUCGGAGGAGCUGCAGCAGAAGGCUGUGGCUGAGAUGAACGGCCGUGAGAUUGAGGGCCGUGAGAUCGCCGUCAAAGUGGCCAUCGACAGCCCUGACAAGACGGACGAUGUCCAAGCCCCCCAAGGCGCCGACACCAACGGCGCCGAGAAGGCCGAGGUUGCCCCUGCCGAGGCCACCGCCUAAAAGACGACUUGCUCAUCUCGUCUCGACGAGUAGCGGUCAAUGGGGAUGCUGCACGCGCUUUUCCUAUUUGGCAACAUUAUCCCCGUGUAUUAUUCUUGGACGCGUGCAUUUUCUUUAACGACUGGAAUGCGGUGGACGAUUUUUCCCUUUGCACCGAACGAGUUAGAUGGGAUAUUCACGAAAAUGAGUUUGAGGGGUGGCGG